AUGUCUGUGAAAUUGAAUGCCCUAAAUAGUGAUUCCUACACCGAUAUUGGAGCAUACAGAGACCAACAUUUUAAGGGUAAAUGUCAUAUACAAGAGAAGCUGCUGAAAGCAAGCCACACUUUGUAUGUAGGAAAUCUCUCCUUCUACACCACAGAGGAACAGGUUCAUGAGCUCUUUUCAAAGAGCGGAGAUGUGAAGCGCAUCAUCAUGGGUCUAGAUAAAGUCAAGAAGACAGCCUGCGGGUUCUGCUUUGUGGAAUACUAUACAAGGGGAGAUGCAGAACAUGCAAUGCGUUUCAUAAAUGGCACACGUCUCGAUGACCGUAUGAUCAGGACAGACUGGGACACUGGAUUUAAGGAGGGAAGACAGUAUGGACGUGGCAAGUCUGGUGGACAGGUAAGGGAUGAAUACAGACAGGACUACGACCCAGCCAGAGGUGGCUAUGGAAAGUUGGCUCAGCAGCACAGAGGUCCACAGUAG